AAGCAGAGAUUACUACAAGAGUGAAGCUCAGAACUUGAGAAAGAUGAUCAGAAGUAGAUCUAAAAGUCCAAGACGCCCGUCUCCAUCUUCCCGGGGUACAAACUGUGAUAUAGAGCUUUUGAAGACAACCAGAGACCGUGAAGAACUUAAAUGCAUGCUGGAAAAAUAUGAGCGUCAUUUGGCAGAAAUUCAGGGUAACGUCAAGGUUCUUACAUCUGAGAGAGAUAAGACCUUUCUUCUUUAUGAACAGGCGCAGGAAGAGAUUGCCCGACUUCGAAGAGAAAUGAUGAAAAGCUGUAAAUCUCCUAAAUCAACAACAGCACAUGCCAUCCUUCGGCGGGUGGAAACUGAAAGAGAUGUAGCCUUCACUGAUUUACGAAGAAUGACCACAGAACGAGAUAGCCUGAGGGAAAGGCUUAAGAUUGCCCAAGAGACAGCAUUUAAUGAGAAGGCUCACUUGGAACAAAGGAUAGAGGAGCUGGAGUGUACAGUUCAUAACCUUGAUGAUGAACGUAUGGAGCAAAUGUCAAAUAUGACUUUGAUGAAGGAAACCAUAACCACGGUGGAAAAAGAAAUGAAAUCACUAGCAAGAAAGGCAAUGGAUACCGAAAGUGAACUUGGCAGACAGAAAGCAGAGAAUAAUUCUUUGAGACUUUUAUAUGAAAAUACAGAAAAAGAUCUUUCUGAUACUCAGCGACACCUUGCUAAGAAAAAAUAUGAGCUACAGCUUACUCAGGAGAAAAUUAUGUGCUUGGAUGAAAAAAUUGAUAAUUUUACAAGGCAAAGUAUUGCCCAGCGAGAAGAAAUCAGCAUUCUUGGUGCAACCCUCAACGAUCUGGCUAAGGAAAAGGAAUGCCUACAAGCAUGCUUGGAUAAAAAAUCUGAGAAUAUUGCAUCUCUUGGAGAGAGUUUGGCAAUGAAAGAAAAGACCAUUUCAGGCAUGAAGAAUAUCAUUGCUGAGAUGGAACAGGCAUCAAGACAGUCUACUGAAGCGCUAAUUAUGUGUGAACAAGACAUUUCCAGAAUGCGUCGGCAAUUGGAUGAAACAAAUGAUGAACUGGCUCAAAUUGCCAGGGAAAGAGAUAUCUUGGCUCAUGAGAAUGACAAUCUCCAAGAACAGUUUUCUAAAGCUAAACAAGAAAACCAGGUGCUGUCUAAACAAUUAAAUGAUACUCAUAAUGAACUUAAUGAUAUAAAACAGAAGGUCCAAGAUACUAAUUUGGAGGUUAACAAGCUGAAGAAUAUAUUAAAGUCUGAAGAAUCUGAGAAUCGACAAAUGAUGGACCAACUCCGAAAAGCCAAUGAAGAUGCUGAAAACUGGGAAAAUAAGGCUCGGCAAGCAGAGGCAGAUAACAAUACCCUCAAAUUAGAACUUAUCACUGCUGAGGCAGAGGGUAACCGAUUAAAAGAAAAGGUAGAUGCCCUCAGUAGAGAGGUCGAGCAGGUAUUACACUUAAAUGCAGAAAGAUCUUACAAGUCCCAGAUCUGUACCUUACAUAAAUCUCUUGUGAAGAUGGAAGAGGAGCUUCAGAAGGUUCAGUUUGAAAAGGUGUCUGCCCUUGCAGACUUGUCUUCCACAAGGGAACUUUGUAUUAAACUUGACUCAAGCAAAGAACUUCUUAAUCGGCAGCUGGUUGCUAAAGAUCAAGAAAUUGAAAUGAUGGAGAAUGAGUUAGAUUCUGCUCGUUCUGAAAUAGAACUCCUCAGGAGUCAGAUGACAAAUGAGAGAAUCUCCAUGCAGAAUCUAGAAGCUUUGCUUGUGGCCAAUCGGGACAAAGAAUAUCAGUCUCAGAUAGCGCUUCAAGAAAAAGAAUCUGAAAUUCAGCUUCUUAAAGAACACCUUUGUUUGGCAGAAAAUAAAAUGGCCAUCCAGAGUAGAGAUGUGGCCCAGUUCAGGAAUGUUGUUACACAACUGGAAGCUGAUUUAGACAUUACCAAAAGACAACUAGGGACUGAGCGCUUUGAAAGGGAGAGGGCUGUGCAAGAACUUCGACGCCAGAAUUACUCAAGUAAUGCUUAUCAUUUGAGUUCUACAAUAAAGCCAAAUACAAAAUGUCAUUCACCAGAACGUGCUCACCAUCGAUCUCCUGACCGAGGCCUAGAUAGAUCACUAGAAGAGUGA